AUGGCCAUCCUUGAAACUGGACAUGCAGUUCAUGUCUCUACGGUGCAGAGUUGGCUUGCGCAGCCUUCUCGCUUGGCGAAGACGCUGCGUAUUUCUUUGCCAAAGAAGGAGAUUGGGGAUGACACGGCUGCGCUUCUGAGCACUUUGACGCUGCAAUGCUGCAACCUACAAAUACUGCAGCACUUCGCUUACAUUCGAGGCAUGUGGAUGAAGACUUCCUCUUAUCCCGAGACAGCUCUGAAGACAAUGCAAGUAGCUUGA